AAUUUAAUUGUUGAUAUUAAUAAAUAAUAAACCAAAAUGGGAAAUCACAAGGUACUUCGAACUGCUGGAGCCAAUUUGCGGUACUCCAUGUAUGAGUUCAUUGAAGCCGUACACAAGCGGACGAUUAUCUGGGAGCGCCGACACCCAAACUUCCAUAACCGGGAACUUCGGGAUCAGGCUUGGCAGCAAAUUAGCCAAGAACUGUGCAAGAACUUUGCAACAGCCAGUGAUGCCGAGAAGAACGAAAUUGUAAAAACCCUAAUGAAGCGUUGGAAAAACACGCGCGACAGCUAUUUGCGUGUGUACCGAAUGCGACAGAGUGGCAAAGAUGUGAUGGUGCGGGCAUCCUACAUAUACGAGCAAGAGCUAAGCUUUCUGCUGGAUGUCAAGACUGAAACCGAUGAUGAAGAGGAGCCCCUAAAGGAGGAAACCAAAUCGCCUUGCAAACAGAAGCGCAUUUGCGCCCAAAGAACAGCUAAAAAGCGGCGAUGCUCAGAGGAGAAAACAACCGAUCUGCCGGCCGCCACAAACUCUUCAUUGCCAAAUAAUCUGCAUUCCUUGCUGGGCGAUCUUAGCGGCACAGCAGAUAACUCAACGCAUCCAGAAUGUGGUGCCACCCCCGCCAAGCGAUCAGUCACUCCAUUCUCAGGAGACUUCGCCAGCUUUACUAAUGUCUCUGCACCAACUUCCGCCGCCCCAGAUGCCGAUCAGGCGUUCUUUGAUAGCAUUAAGCCGCAUAUGCAAAGAAUGAAUGCCGAUCAAAAGCUCGACUUUCAAAUAGAAGUAUUAAAAAUACUUCGCAAUUUCAAGCCAAAUUAAAACAGUAGCUAUAGAAAUAA